CCAGCCAAGGAAGAGUGAGCGCAAACAAGACCCCUAUAGGCAGCCUAGUGCAUUAAUGUAAAAUAUGCCCAGAGAACAUAACUUGUCAGAGAGGAUUAUUUCUGUUCAGUGAAUCUACAGGGGCCCCCUUUGCUCCGCCACUCAGCGUCUGGCGAGAGACAGAAAGAGAGAGAGAGAGAGAGAGAGAGAGAGAGAGAGAGAGAGAGUAGCCAUUAGUGGGUAGCUACUGUGGCAUUGAUGUUUGAGCGCACUUCUGAACCGGCUUUUGUUGCAAAUAUCGGUGCAGAAAGCAUGCGCUGUCCGAAAUCCGCUGUUACUAUGAGAAGUGAGGACCUUCUUUUAAGUAACGGCACAGCUAACAAGAUGAAUGGAGCUUUGGAUCACUCAGAUCAGCCAGACCCAGAUGCCAUUAAGAUGUUUGUCGGACAGAUCCCCCGUUCGUGGUCAGAAAAGGAGCUAAAGGAACUUUUUGAGCCUUACGGAGCUGUCUACCAGAUCAACGUUCUCCGAGAUCGGAGCCAGAAUCCUCCCCAAAGCAAAGGUUGUUGUUUCGUAACGUUUUAUACAAGAAAAGCUGCGCUUGAAGCACAGAAUGCACUGCACAAUAUUAAAACCUUACCUGGGAUGCAUCAUCCCAUUCAGAUGAAACCGGCAGAUAGUGAAAAAUCCAACGCUGUGGAAGACAGAAAAUUGUUCAUAGGAAUGGUUUCGAAGAAGUGUAACGAGAACGAUAUCAGGGUGAUGUUUUCUCCAUUUGGCCAGAUAGAAGAAUGCCGGAUCCUCCGGGGACCAGACGGGCUGAGCCGAGUGCACAGCCUCAAUAUGGAGUCUAGCCGAGGCUGUGCGUUUGUCACGUUUUCGACAAGGGCAAUGGCACAGAAUGCAAUCAAAGCCAUGCACCAGUCUCAGACCAUGGAGGGCUGUUCUUCACCAAUAGUCGUGAAGUUUGCUGAUACCCAAAAGGACAAGGAGCAGAGACGUUUACAACAGCAGCUGGCGCAACAAAUGCAACAGCUUAACACUGCCACCUGGGGGAAUCUUACAGGUCUUGGAGGACUUACGCCACAGUACCUGGCUAGAUUAGACAUUAAUAUGGAUUUACAGCAUCGACUCUGGGGACCUUCAUUUCAACACCAGGCAGAAGCAAGAGACUGUAUAAAUCUUCUGCAGCAAGCAACCUCCUCCAGUAACUUGGGUGCCUUCAGCGGCAUUCAACAAAUGGCUGGAAUGAAUGCUUUACAGCUACAGAAUUUGGCAACUCUAGCAGCCGCAGCUGCCGCCGCCCAAACCUCAGCUACCACCACCAAUGCAAAUCCUCUCUCCACAACAACCGGAGCCCUUGGCGCACUCACGAGUCCAGCAUUUGGGAGUCCGCUGCAGUUGUCUUCCAACCACAAAGGGCUCCUUUACCUGCCCGUAUCCCCCAAACUGACAAAUACCUGCCUGGAAGAUGAAAUGAGAGUGAGGACCUUUCUAGCAGACGUGGCUGCAUCAACAGCAAAUUCCACAGCUGGGGCGGCCAUGAAUUCCUUGACUUCUCUGGGGACUCUCCAAGGACUGGCGGGAGCCACUGUUGGAUUGAAUAAUAUUAAUGCACUAGCAGGUACCGUAAACAUUGCUCAAAUGCUCUCAGGUAUGGCCGCCCUGAACGGAGGACUCGGUGCGACAGGCUUGACGAAUGGUACAGCUGGCACAAUGGAUGCCCUCACCCAAGCCUACUCAGGGAUUCAGCAGUAUGCCGCGGCGGCACUGCCGACAUUGUACAGUCAGAGCUUGUUACAACAACAAAGUGCUGCGGGCAGCCAGAAGGAAGGUCCAGAAGGAGCAAACCUCUUCAUUUAUCACCUCCCACAGGAGUUUGGAGACCAGGACAUUCUGCAAAUGUUCAUGCCUUUUGGAAAUGUCAUUUCUGCUAAAGUCUUCAUUGACAAACAGACCAAUCUGAGCAAGUGCUUUGGUUUUGUUAGCUAUGACAAUCCUGUCUCUGCACAAGCUGCUAUACAGGCUAUGAACGGCUUUCAGAUUGGGAUGAAACGCUUGAAAGUUCAGCUGAAGCGCUCCAAAAACGACAGCAAACCUUACUGAUCAUUACCCCAGAAGCUUACUGCUAUUAAUUUAGAUUUCUUAGGGUAAGUCCCUUGAGCAAAACCCAUCAUCCCCUUGGGGAGGUUGAGAAAGAACAUAAGAACACAUUGCCAACCACCGCCAAGAGACAGCUGUGUGUUUUUUUUCACAAUACUUGCUUCCAUUGUCCCCACCUGCUAUAAGGGAAACUUGGCUAACCUAACUGAACGGUAUUACUUUAUUUGAAUUUGAAACUUGACUUGAAAAAGAAAAAAGGAAAAAAAACCGACCUGACAAGGAUAACACACAUAAACACACACCCUCCAAAAUCUUAAAAAGAAUCAAAAUUUUCGAGAGAACAAAUGUUGCAGCUUAACUUUCUCAGCCUGGGUGUCCUUAAUACUUUUGGAUGGGGAUAAUGAAAGCAGGCAAACGUCUGAACCUAGACUUAUCCAAAUGGCACCAGCAGUUAAUAGGCUACUAUCAAUGGCCCUGUGCCGGGAGAGGAACUCACUUAGAAACAACACCAAUUAUUUCCAUUUACUUCAGUUCGAUUUUUAUUAAAGGGGCUUGACUAUUUUUCGUUCUUAAAAGAGUUUCAGAUUGACGUGAUGUUAUAUUAUCCUGUUUAAAACACUGGUCAUCUUUAUAUAUUUCACUUGCGGUUUUUCUUUCUUUCUUUCUUUCUUUCUUUUCUUCUUUCUUCUUUUUUUUAAAGUCCUUAGGGGAUUUGUUUUUUAGAGUUUUAGUGUAAAAAAAAAAAAGACUUAGAGAUCCGUUUCUAAAGCUACAGGGUUUAAAAUAAAUAAAUAAAAAGAGUGACAAUACUUGAUGUUUCUUGAAAGAUAAAAAAAAUUUAAUAAUAAUAAUAGAUAACAAAAGAAAGCCACAGGCCUGUAAAUUUUAUUUGUAAAAAGCAUUUCUAUUUUUAUACAAAAAUUUUUACUGCCUCAGAAAUAAUGGAAGUUAUUUAUUGCCUAUUGUUAACUUAUUGGAUACCUAAAGAGCAGCUCUCUCUGCUAGCUAGAUCCUUUUGAAGUAGUCUCUGGAGUAUCUGUGCCAACAAUGGGUGCUUUUUCACCGUUGAAUUCUACAUCCUACAUGCUUUUUUAUCCCCCUGUUUGUAUUUCGUCUGGUUAACCUGUUCGUAGUUUCCAUUAUCUAGUUUAAAGUUUAGUUGUCUUGGACGAUUCUCCUCUCUCUCUCUCUCUCCUCUCCCCAACCCGCUCCAACACAGCACCCCCCUUACGUUGCAUUUGUUGAAACUGGUUCUUUAUUCUUUCCCCCUCCCCCCAAAUAAAACAGGAAUCCAUCUUCUCUAACUCCUUUUCAGAUGGAUUCCUUUUGGGGGGUCCUUCAUUGUGCCGUCGUUGUUGGCCAAGUGUACAGUUAAUGCAAACUGCGUGAAUGGCUGAUAUUCUGAUGAUGCAAGAUUUGCAUUAGUUUUCUCCUGCACCCAUUUUAAAAAAAAUGAUUUUGUUUCUGCUGCAUAGACUCUCCGUAACUUUUUUUCCUCUUCCUUGUUUUUCCCUAGACAUCUUCAUGCUCGUUAGCUCAUCGUUUGCCUAGCAUGUCCCUGUGGCGUCUAUAAAAAAAAAAAAAAGUUUCAUCGUCCCGUCAUUGUUUCUGAUGUCUUUCUGACCUCACAUCAUAAUUUGGUUCUCCUACUGACCUUUGAUCUAUAGUUUGAACCUUUGAAAUUUGCAUGUGACCUCAUCUAGCUAUACGAAUUCUGGGAAGUCAAUGUGAAAAGCAUUGCUGCAUUUAUGCAAGAUCAAAAUUUAUUACUAGUCAAAUUAAUAAUAGGAUUAUUUAAAUUUUAAAAAAAAGACACACACACAACCUGUGGCAAAAUGUUUUGUUAGGGUUUUUUAGUUGUUCUUUUUUUCCUUUUUUUCCCUUUUCUUUUUGUGUUCAAAUAAAAAAAAAAACCAGACUUGAAAGUAUUAUACAGAGAUUGGCAUUCUGGCUGGUCAUUGAUGACAAUAGCAAUAUGUGUCCAGAGACAGAAUGUUGGUUUCUAACAGACUACUUCCAAAACAGUUUGAAAUGAAGAACUGUCUGAUUUUAAGUCUCUAGAGGUCUGUAAUAGUUUUUACAUUUUUCAGGCAGUGUAAAGUUUUUUGAUAAGGCCAUUUUAGGUGGCUCACUUUCUCAUUAAGAAUAUAUAUAUAGAACCACUUUUUGUAGAUUAGUAUAACAAAAAAAAAUUUACCCUGUUUUAGGGCAAAUGCUACCUAUUUCCGUCACCUUUUGCUGAACUGACUCACAAGUUAGACAAUCCAUGAAUUAAUGCACAUGAAAAUUACCUAUAUUUUAUACUGUUUCAAUGUACAGGAGAAAGGCUACUGUUAGCUGUUGUUCCAUUGGUGCUUCUGUGAAUUAAGUUGUGGUUUCAUCAUGGGUCUUAUGGUCUUUAAGUGUUCUGUGUUUAUAAGCAACAGGUUUGAAAUUGGUUUUUACUUGAACAAUAUCAACAACAGAACAAAAAAAAUGAAUUUCAAAAAACGGAAAAAGUUGUUUGCUUAAAAUUUAAAAAAAAAAAGUUUUCAUGUGGAAAAUAAAACUAUUCCAGACUAAGUUUGUGUUGGCUUCUGUGACGCAUUGGUGUCAUAUUUUUUUAAAAAUUAUUAUUGUGGACAAUUUAGAUGUGUUUGUGUUCAGCAAAAUGUGAUCAGUUUUUUUUUCUUUUAAAGAAAUAAUAAUAAAAAAAAGAAAUCAGUGAAAAAAUCUUCAGUGCCAAAUUCCAAAGGUACUUUUCUUCCUAGAGCUUCAGUGUGUUUCUUGUGUGAAGUAAUUUGAUAACAUGGGUAUUUUACUAUGUGUUUUGUAUGAAUCCCUAAUAUUUAAAGGAAAAAGAGGUUAAAAAGUUUGUUAACUUGCUAUCCUGUGGUCUUGUUGCCUGAAGUUGUUGUUGUUUGUUAUUUCUCUUGGAUGUUUUUUGUAAAACAUUGUAUAAGUGCCCAUGUUUCACUUUUCUAACCACUCUGCACAUCAACGCUGUGAAAGCAAACCUCACAAUGUAAUUUCUUCAUAAUGUAUGGAAACCUCUAAGGUGAGAAAGUUUUGAACUUUUAACCCUUUCCACCCAGAGCUGUCUUGAGUGUUAAUACUUUUAUACAUUCACCAUUUUGCUGUUUAUUUUUAUAUAUACAUAUAUAUAUAUAUAUCUAUAGCUAUAAAUAUAUAUAUACUUACUUUUUGUGGUUUAUUUAAUACAUGGUUGAAAUCAGAAAAAUGCACAGGGCAGACCUGAAGGACAAAAUAAUAAUAAUAAUAAUAAUAUUUUACUGCUGUCUAAAUUUCUUCUGUAUCUAUAACUAAAAAGAAAAUAUUUAAAAAUAGUAACUGUAGAUCUCCUUUUUAGGCCUUUGGGGUUUUUUUGUCUUUUCUUAAAAGAGCUUUUAAUAUGCUGCUGGAAUAUGCUACUCAGUAUUAAUAAAAUAAAAUAAAAUAAAUUCUUUAAUUAUGUAUUGUAUGACCACUCCUAGGUAGGAGAGGUAAACCCACCAUUUGAAAUCAUUAAGGGGGGAAAAUAUUUUUGUAAUGAAAUAAACUUUUGCUUAAAUCCAAUGCACUAGAACUUCCUGGAUGAAUCUUCAUUGUGCACUGCAGAUUAAAAAAACUACUUUCAUGGAUGAGGUUUACACAUGUCGUAAUGCUUUGAUGUGUUAUCUGCCUGAAUUGUCCGCCAUAUAUUGAUGCAGAUUUAAUGGAUGCAAAGUAGGUGGGGCAAUAUAAUUUGCUGACCUGAUUUCUGUUGAUAAUGGAGCGUGCAAACUUUUGAAUUGCUGCAAAACUCUUUGAAAGCUAGAAGGGAAAAAUCUUGCUGUCGCUCAGCUAAUCUUGGGAACAAACCAGGCACACGAACCACCCACUUUCGUGGGCUCAGAUGUUUCCACAGCAAACAAGCUGUUUGCACUCUUAGUGCAGGUAGCCUGGACUGGAUCGGGUCCGUUAGAUCUAUGUAUUGGAGGGGUCUGUAUCCAGAAAGGCAUGACAGAAAUAAUUGUAAUAAACAAGGCACAGGGCAUUCCAUUCAACCCCUCCACCCAGAAUUAUGGAAGCCAUCCUGGCUUCUGACUGGAUCUUGGAAUGUCCUGGUUUUUUGGUACGGCAUUCUGGCACGAGUUCAGCUGGCUCCCGCAGGAGCUCUGGACCAAAAAAACCGAGCCUUUUGAUUUUGAGCAGCGGGAUGUUGGAGGGUAUGAUGGCCACACCUAACCAGCAGGGCAGAAGGAAAAAAGGCUCAGUUAUGUACUAAUCAGCCAGUGCAUAUAUAUUAUCCAAGCAAAGCACAACACUUUAAAACAGGGCGUCCCAAGAGGUACGCCGAUGCCCCCCUCGUUCCAAAAUGCCUUGGGCCACAGACCAAAACAACCCUUGAACCAUCUCCAGGUAUCCAGCAAGUACUUCUGCCUUGCUCUGAAGUUAUUUAUUUUUAUAACGUGCAAGCACAACUGGGUGGGAGAAAGGUAAGCACUUCGGAUUUUCUUUUAACGAGUCUCUCCCCUUCCCACCCAGCAUGGCAUAUCACUUUUUGAACUCAGGGGAGUCGACACGGAAAGUGUCAGAGAGGGGGGGCGGUGGUUCAGAGCAAGGUCAGAAGUUCUGCUAGACAAAUGGAAGCCUCCGGGUAUGCCUGGACGCUAAGCUUUGUGGGUUGAUAAUCGGUCAGAGUCGUUGCCCAGGCGUGUCACACUUCGCACUGCAAUCGCACGUCACAUCUAUGUGCUGGUGUUUGCAAAUGCGACCGGGAGCUGCCAUCAGUUAGGCCUUAUCAGUGCACGCACUCCGUAGACGACAGGCUUGCUGCAUCCAUGCUGGUGUUCCCCACAAUGAGCAUGCGAAGUGUGAAGAGCAGGCAAACAUUCCUGAACAUGCAACGGCCAUAUGGAGAGCAGUUACAGCGAGUCAAAGCUUCCUGGCUUAUGUCUUUUACAGUACAGUACAGUACAGUACAGUACAGUACAGGCUUCCUCAACCUCGGCCCUCCAGAUGUUUUGAGACCACAAUUCCCAUCAUACCUGACCACUGGUCCUGCUAGCUAGGGAUCAUGGGAGUUGUAGGCCAAAAACAUCUGGAGGGCUGAGGUUGGUCUAGGACUUCCUACCUCCCCUUAACGCGUCACAUAUUUGAUUUAGUGCAGUAGCAAGCACAGGUGGCGCUUUCUCUGUGCAUCUCUCUGAAAUGAAAGGUUGCAUUUGCAAUCGGCUUUACUCUCUGCUUGCCUAACUAAUCGCCACAACGUUCCAUUUUGCUAGGUGGAAGUGUUCUGCGUAACUCAGAAGCUUGCAUGCUACAUCAACAGAAAGUGGUCCAAUGUAAAAGGUAUCUUUGCCUUACCUAUUUUGUAUCCCCUAUUCUCUGUCGCGACAAUAUACGGGCACAGCCCUGCAAACACUCACUAUGGAGAAACUGCUUUCAUAGAGAGAAGAGAGGGAUUCUGUGAAUCCUGAGUGUUUGCAGGAAAGAGCCCAGGAAACUGAAGACAGAAGAAAAGAUGCUGAUAACACCCUUCAUGGCUUUUUUUAUUUUUACUUUGGAUCGGAUAACAUUCCUACUCCUAAACCAAAUUUGGGUCUUCUAUUCUGGCAGAUCAUCCCCUUUCCAGGCCAAAACAUGUCAGCAGCCCUAUAAGCUACUGAUAAAAGUGCCAUAAUCAUUCCCCAUUGUCUGUUCCUACUUCAGUCAAACCUUCCCCCAUCCCCCAAAACCCCCCUUGUAAAGUAUCUUUUAAAAAUACAAAAUAAUGAUCACACACCCCUUCUUUGCUUUCAAGUGAUUGUUUUAUAGAGAAGCCCUGGGAUGGAAAGGACUAGAAUCCAAGUGAUGCAAAAAAAAUAAAAAAUAAAAAAAGGUUUCUAGCACACGCACUUAUAGAUAAUGUUCUGUGUUAUUCUCAUAUGUUUUUACUACUGCUGGGGCCUUCCUAAACCCUUUGAGGGCUAUUUUGUACUUCUUGCAGCAAUUUUUGCCUACUGGAUUAUCACAUGUAUACCGAUCCACAAUAUAGGAUCAUCAUAAUAUGUCUUUCCAGGACAUUUUUUGGCAUUUAAAUUUCCCAAAUAAUUGUGCUUUUCUUUCAAACUCUUCGGAUCCCUUUCGUGCAGAAAAACUCAGUGAGGACACUCCCCCCCAUUCAUUUCAAUGGGACUUGCACCAAAGCCCCAUACAAGCCCCAUUAAAAUGGCAGCCAUGCACAAUGGAUUGCACCCAGCUACUGAUCCUUUGCCACGCAACCAGCCGGUGCCAAACUCAAAAAACUCUAGAUCUCCUUGUCAAUUUGCAUGUGCCAACUGCAGCAGCUGUUCCCUGCCCCCACUGCUAGCUAUUUUUCAAGCAACACUCGUUUGCAAUGGGGGGGGGGGGGAAUCUGGAACUUAACCAGAAAAGAACUUCCCAGGCCUAGACCAGUUCCGUAGUGACAAAGGCAGAGAUCCAAAGAAGGGAGAUGUAUAUGACAGGGAGAGAAGCAUCAACAGAUCUGGAGCUUUGCUGACUGUUUCCCUUGACAUUCCUGUGGCCAAAGAGGUAAGUUGCUAUAACGUUUUAAAAAGCAGCUUGCCUAGGGCCGGCCCAGCCAUGAGACCAGAUGAGGCAACUGCCUCAGACGGCAGACUCCACAGAGACAGCAAGGUCCCAAUGUAGAUCUUUAUUCCCUUGUCCUCGACGUAGAUCUUCACUCAGCCCCUUCUUCCCUGGAGGGGAAGCGGUGCCAUUCUGUGGUACACUUCAGGCGCUAAAAUGUCUUGGGCCAGCCCUGGGUUUGCCUCUUUGACAGGGGAAAACUGCCACAAGGAAAACCAGCCAGUGAAGCUCUUUAACUGUACACGGUAUUCACACUUGCACGCGUGCUCCACACACUCCCCCCCCCUCUUUUUUUGCUUUUUCUUAUCCCGCAUAGGUUAUCUGUCACUCCUAAAAUAUCAAAUUCUGGGGGUGGGGGGGGUGGGAAGCUGCAAGAAUGCAAACAGCUUUACAGCAGAGGAAGGAAAAAUUAUUCGAACGAGGGGAAUUUGCUUUACAAAAACCAAACUCCAAAAGCACAAAGAAGUAGUUUUCCAACCAAAAGCAACCAAUUUCAGCAAAAUUGCCAUUUUUCAAAGGAGUAACAAGUUCAUCUUUCUUUCACCAUAGGGGUUAUUAUUAUUCCUUGGCUUGUGCUACUCUCUGGAAUCAUUUUACUGUUUCUGUUCUUAUUAACUUAAGUGCUGAUUAACAAACAAAAAGAGUUUUGUUUUUGUUUUUUAAAAAAAAGCUGUAGUUUUCAUUAUCUUUCUGAAUGAUGUCAUAACAAAACGAAACAAAAAAGUAACCCUGUGUACCGGAGGGUGGGUGGGUGGGUGGGGUGUUGUGCUGUGAGAACAUGUUGUUUGUAGAUUAUGAAUAACUCUCUUUUAGUUGAGAAUGUCUGGACCUUGUGACACAAUCCAUUUGCUCUCUGGGUGCAGCGCCCAUGUACAGAAGAGUCCCAUCGGAUCAACAAAGCUCCGUUUCCUCCUCUCCAUGGUUUAUGCACAUCCUCCCAUGCGCACUAUUGGCCUUCCCUCAUUGUCCAGGGGAAGUUACUUGUGCGCAAAGGAUGCACAUCAAAACCAGGAGGGGAUGCGCGUCCAGGGCACACGCCUCGCAUCUCCCCAACCAUCCUGUCGCGCUGUGUACAAACAGAUAUUCAAAGAAGGAAACGGGGUUCUGUUGAUCCCCAUGGGAGCGCUCUGCGCAUGGGUGGCGGUGCUGUAUCUGUGGCGCAAACGGGCUGUGCCCCUAGGUUUCCUUUUGAAAUUUUGUCAGAGAAAAGCCAAAGUUACUGCAAAGUAGUGGGAAACUUGUAAGACCAUUUGAGUAUUGUUUCUGUUUCGUUGAUGAAUUUGGAUUUUGCUGUUUGAUGGAAUUUGAGCCAAAAAAAACAAAACACACACACAAACCACAGGCUUUCCUAUUUCUAAAACUUGAUUGUACUUAUGCAUUUUGUACCAGUGGAACUUUUUAUACUGGAGAUUUAAAAAAAUAAUAAUAUGGAAAUUUUUGUGGCUUACUCUUGUGGGCCUCCAGAUCAUGGCUGAUUUUCAAGUUUGAUUUCCAGUUGGUAGAAAGAAAGUUGGUUUUGUUUAAGAGAAUUUAAAAAAAAAAAAAAACUUUGGCUUGGUUUAAUUCUUUCCCUUUGCUUAUAUUUAGUGUUUAGAAUUUUGUCUUUAAAGCAAGCGGUAAGUUUCACUUUUUAUUCUGUAUUGUGCUGUUACACAAUAUAAAGAUAAAUUAGAAUUUAGGAGUACACAGUCACUUUAUGUGGAUAAAUGUAUUAGUUAAAAAAAAAGUAGGGGUUUGCUUUUUUGCUGUUUAGAUCAAAAGUUUUUUCUGAUUCUUCUGUCUUCAUUGUGGACAUAACCGUGUAGUUGAAACAGUCAAACUUAUUUUUGUAACGUAUGUUAUUGUGUGAUGCAGUUUUUUGCUUCUGUCUCCAAUAUUAAACCAUUUUCCUAAUA